GCCCGGAGACCUGUCGCUCCACCUGGGGGUCCGGCGCCCGCACCGCUCCGCCUGAGGGCCCGAGAGACCUGUCGCUCCUCCUGGGGGUCCGGCGCCCGCCGCCGUGCUCCGCCUGAGGGCCCGAGACCUGUCGCUCCGCCUCUGGGGGUCCGGCGCCCGCCGCUCCGCCUGAUGGGGGCCCGAGACCUGUCGCUCCGAUCCUGCCUGGGGGGCCCGAGAUCCUGUCGCCUCCGCCCUGGGGGCCGGCGGGCCUGCUGCCACCCGCCUGGGGGCCCGAGACCUGUCGCCCCGCCUGGGGGGUCCGGUGCCCGCGCUCCGCCUGAGGGCCCGAGAUGCCUGUCCGCU